AUGGGACUAACACUAUCAAGCCUAUUUACUCGAUUGUUUGGAAAUAAGCAAAUGAGAAUCUUAAUGGUUGGUUUGGACGCAGCUGGCAAGACAACGAUAUUAUACAAGCUAAAACUUGGAGAAGUGGUCACUACAAUACCUACAAUCGGAUUUAAUGUUGAGACGGUAGAAUAUAAAAACAUAAGUUUUACAGUGUGGGAUGUCGGUGGUCAGGACAAAAUAAGACCUCUAUGGAGACAUUAUUUUCAGAAUACGCAGGGGUUGAUUUUCGUUGUCGAUAGCAACGAUAGCGAAAGACUACACGAAGCACGCGAUGAGUUAUCAAGAAUGCUCUCCGAAGACGAGCUUCGUGACGCGGUUCUCCUUGUUUUUGCUAAUAAGCAAGACCUUCCUAAUGCCUUGAAUAUUAGUGAUAUGAAAGAUAAGCUUGGAUUGAAUGAGAUUCGCUCCAGAAAGUGGUUUAUCCAAGCAACGUGCGGUACACAAGGAACAGGCUUGUACGAAGGUCUAGACUGGUUAUCGAACGAACUAUCAACAAUGAACUGA